CGAUGCACCGAGAGCGCCAGUUGCACACGGACGGUUGCACAGGAAGCCGUGGAUUUGAUUUCAAGCAGAGAGCAGGCUGGAACGGCUUCACAACUUAGCUGCAUGCCGAACUGUUACAGUUUCUUUCUUCACUAUGACACGUGUUUGAUAUUAAGGCAACUGCGUAAAAAAACUAUUUAAAAUGAAUCUUGACAGACUUCGAAAGCGAGUCCGGCAGUACAUCGACCAGCAACAGUACCAAAGCGCGCUGUUUUGGGCCGACAAGAUAGCGUCUCUUUCUCAUGAAGAUCCACAGGACAUAUACUGGCUUGCUCAGUGCCUUUACUUGACGUCCCAAUAUCACAGAGCCUCGCAUGCACUACGCUCGAGGAAACUUGAUAAGAUGUAUGGAGCUUGUCAGUAUCUUGCUGCACGGUGCCAUGUAAGUUACUUGAAUAUGUGGUGGAACUUCUAGUAUUGAACGCAGUGCUUGGUGGUGUUCUGAUUU